AAAACUCCAUAACCAAGUGAGCUCACACACACACACACACACAGAGCUUUGUUGAACCAGAAGAAGAAGAGUAGACAAAAUGAAGAAGAAGAUAGCGAGUUUGGUCCUUCUCUUCGUGCCUCUGGCUCUACUACUACUCCUUCACGUGAACCCACCUCGCUCUUCUCUCAAUCUCCACACCAUUAAACCUCACCGAAAGCUUUCUGCUCAUCACACCAGUACCAGUACCACCACUCUUCUCUUAGCUUCUUCUUCUUCUUCCAAUUCUUCGAGCUAUUACGCCGUUAUAUUCGACGCCGGUAGCUCUGGUAGCCGUGUCCACGUCUACAAUUUCGACUCCAACCUUGACCUUCUUCCCUUUUCAAACGAAGUCGAGAUUUCCAAACAAGUAAGACCAGGACUAAGUUCAUAUGCUAGUAAUGUCACUGCUGCAGCAGAAUCUCUGACUGAUCUCCUCCAAGCAGCAGAGGAUGCAGUUCCUCAAGAUCUGCAUUCCUCAACACCAGUUAGGGUUGGGGCAACUGCUGGUUUGAGGUUAUUGUCAGGGAAUACAUCAGAAGAAAUUUUGGAAGCAGUUAGGAAUCUGAUCAAAGAAAAUAGUGCCUUCAAACUUGAUGCAGUUGCUGUUCUUGAUGGAUUUCAAGAAGGAUCUUAUUUGUGGGUGUCAAUAAACUACUUACUUGGAAAUUUGGGGAAAGAAUAUGGAAAAACAGUUGGAGUGGUUGACCUUGGAGGUGGAUCAGUUCAAAUGUCUUAUGCUGUGUCUGAAGAAGCUUAUGCAAAUGCACCAAAUCCAACAGAUGAAACAUAUGUGAAGGAGACCUAUCUCAAAGGCUCAAAAUAUUAUCUCUAUGUUCACAGUUACUUAGGUUAUGGUUUGCUAGCUGCUAGAGCAGGGCUUUUGAAUGUCACUGGUGAUUCUGGAAGCCCUUGCAUUUUGGAUGGCUAUAAUGGGACUUAUACAUAUAGCGAAGUGACUUACAAUGCAACAGCAUCUGGCUCAAGCAUUGACGAGUGCAGAAAUGUGGCUGACAAGGCUCUUAGAAUAUCAGAUACUUGUUCAUACCCGAACUGCACAUUUGCUGGGAUUUGGAAUGGAGGUGGAGGAGAUGGAGUGAGUGAUCUUUAUGUUGGUUCUUUCUUCUUCGACAGGGCAAAUCAGGUUGGUUUCAUUAAUGGAAGUGACAAUGUUGCCAAAGCUUACCCUGCACAGUUUAAAGAAGCAGCUACUCUUGCUUGCCAAACCAAACUCGAAGAUGCGAAAUCUGUAUUUCCAGGUGUAGACGAAUCUGAUUUGCCAUACAUUUGCUUGGACCUUGUUUACCAGUAUUCCUUGCUUGUUGAUGGUUUUGGUUUGGACCCUUCUCAAGAGAUUACUUUGAUGAAGAAAGUUAAAUAUCAGGAUGGCUGGGUUGAUGCACAAUGGACUCUAGGCAGUGCCAUAGAAGUGGUCUCGUCAUCAUUAUCAUCAUCAUCGAGUGCUAAAGUUUGAUGUUUAGCAGUCCAUUUGGGCUUGUCAACUAGAGAAUAAGUUUGAUGUUUAAGAGUACACUUGGCUUUGUCAACAAGAGACUAAGUUUGAUGUUUAGCAAUCCAUUUGGGCUUGUCAACUAGAGAAUAAGUUUGAUGUUUAAGAGUACACUUGGCUUUGUCAACAAGAGACUAAGUUUGAUGUUUAAGAGUACACUUGGCUUUGUGAUCUAGAGACUAAGUUUGAUGUUUAAUAGUACAUUUGGAUUUGUCAUCUA